AGUCAUUCAUUAAUCAGCCCGGCCAAUAAUCUACAGCCCCGAUCCGCGGUUUCCUAUAGCCCGUAUCUUCCACCGUCGUCCCGCAAUGAGUCCCAGCUCUUCUCUUUCUUCAGCUGGCGACUUCAGUCGCAGUUCAAGUCCUUUCAGCAGGGCUGGUACGCCAGAUGUCGAGGCCUUGGAAGCGUACGAGCAACUCAUGGCCUCCAUUAUCCCUCCCUCUACCUUACCUCGGCCACCCACUCCGCUUCUGACAUCGAAUCUUACGCUCAGUAAAUAUGAGGCAGACGAGGAUAGUGUGAUGGGUGAAAAUGGUGUCAAGAGACCAAUGACGAAAGCCGAGAAGCAAAAUGCGAAAAAGAAGAGACGGAAGGAGCGGGAAAGAGCUGCGAGGAUGGAAGCAGAGGCAGCUGCCAAGGCAGCGGAGGAUGGCGUCGAGAAAGAACAAACUAGGGCAAAAGAUUCAGUAGUUGAGUUUCGACUAUUUUCUUCUUGCCCUAUCAAGCCGGUUUCCCUUCUGCCAGCCUCUGAGGAUUAUCCCAUACCUUUAAAUCCGAGACAUCUUCCGCUCCCAGAGGCUAAAAUCCAAAACAUACGGAAAGCCGCUAGUGAAGCUGCGGUGGAAUUUCCCUCCCUUGGGGGACCAUCUUGCAUACAUGAGCGGUGGACACGAAAGAACAUUUCCCCUCGCGAGGUUUUGCGUGAAUCGCCAUCCGGAGAAGAUGCGCCAUGCAUGUUCAUAGGCGUUGUCACACGCCCCUCAGCCUCACAUGCAGAUUCGGCAAACACCGUCUCGAAUGGAAAAUCCAUUCCGGUUGUACCGCUCAAAACUUCAGAAACAUCUACGAAAAAAUCGUUGGCUAUGAAACGAACCCGACGAGGCCGCCGUCGCAAGACUACCGCAGCGCCGCGUUUCUGGGCCCCGCCAGUCGGAAUGGGUGGCAAAGCUCGAGGAUACGCGUUUGGAUAUCGCGACAGCAGGGAGGGACGACGAGAAGGGGGGUGGCAUGGGUAUUUGCGAAAUAAAUAGUGUUGUAUAGCAAUGUAAUCCAGUGUUGUAAUGGUA